CCUUUUUCGGUUUUGAGCUCUCCUCUUUCCUCAAGAGCUCUCCCUCAUCAAGCCUCUAACCCAUCUUCUUCAAGGUUUUCCUCUUCUCCAAGAGUUCCAUCAUCUUGACCUUGGCCGAAAUUUUCAUCUCCUCACAAGCUAGGGUUUGAGAUUUUCUUCCUCUUCAAGCUUCAGAACUUGGGUUUCCGAUGCCUCCACGCCGAUCUCGACUUCCUAGGAGUCGAUCCCAUUCGCAGCCUAGCGAGGGAGAAGUUCCCGCAGCAUCCUCCCCUCCAGCAGCUUCCUUUUUUGGGGUCGAGUUCCCCGCGGGCAGCCUCCCUCCUCAUGCUAAUACUGGUUGUAGCCGGGAGGUCUUCUCUUCAGCUUCCAUCAGGCAGGCCGUUAGUCCACUCCCUCAGUUUGACAGAGAUGGCUCCGACGAAUCCUGUCGUUUGAUACAGGAUGGAGGGCGUCAUUGCUUACGCCAGCUGAUUACGGACGCCUCCUUCACUGCAGAUUCUACUUCCACUCAGACUUUAAAGAAGCCCGGUUUUCUGUUCGGUGAUCACGCGGAGGAUCCUGCUACGUUGACUCUUACCGAUGAGCAUUGGCUGAAUCUUCAUGAGGGAGCUCUCCUGUAUAUUCCCUCCAUUCCUCGUCAAUAUUCUUUCACCCAUUUGGAGGGACAGGCCGUGGAGCGACAUAUGUCUUGGCCUCUUACCUAUGAUGCUGAGCGAGUUCAGUGUGGAUAUACCUCUCAUCAUAAGAUUCCUGGUUCUACUGGAUAUCAUGAUAUCCGCGGUCUUCGACCAGGGAUUAUGGCGAAGAAGAAAAGGCAAAUCAGCUUGAAGCAGUUUGCUGCUAUCUGUUCCCUAAUUUGGAGGGUGACUCUGGCGAGCCCCUUCGUGAGUUAG